AUGGACAUCCCCAUCCCGUCCAUCAAACCAAUCUACCACCCAUCUCCCACCACCUCCACCCCCAAAUCCAAAUCCGUCCAAACAACCAUCCAAACCCUCCAUCUCCAACCUCACCCGGAAGGAGGCUACUACGCCGAAACAGACCGUCCCCCGCUGCAGAUCCCCAAUCCUCACCGCAAAGACCAAAGCGACACCAACAACAACACUGACAAUACCCGCUCCCUCUCCUCAACAAUCUACUACUAUCUCACCCCAGACUCCCCAACGUGCUUCUUCCACCUGAACCGCAGCCGCACGAUUCACAGUCUCCACCGCGGCCGGGCCCGGUACGUCAUUAUCCACGCGGACUUGGCGACGCAUGAUGGCCCGGCGCCUGUUACGUCGUUUGUGGUCGGUCCGGACCUAGACAAGGGGGAGAGGAUGCAGUGGGUUGUGGAGGGGGGGAAGUAUAAAGCUUGUUAUCUGUUGCCUGAUUAUCCCUCGGAGAACGGAGAUGGGGAGAGCGAGGGGUUGUUGAUUACGGAGACCGUUGUCCCUGGGUUUGAAUUCGAGGAUCACGAGUUCCUGAACCCCCAGACGAUGGAGUCGCUGCUACCGGAGGAGCAAUGCCGGGCGCUGAGCUGGAUGCUAAAGAAGGAUGGAUGA